GCCACCGUGUACCGAGCGCAACUUUUUGGAAUAUUGGUCACAGCAAAUUUUAUAUAGAAUGUCAGAUAGUGAAGAUGAUGAUGAUUUUUCCGGAGAUGAGGGGGAAGAUUUAGACCAGGCUAAUAAUGAAGAAAGUAGUGAAGAAGAAGUAAAUGAUGAGUAUGAUGAAGAUGAGGAAGAUGAUUAUGAAGAUGAAUCUGGUCCUAAAAAAAAGAAAAGAAAACCAGCCCAUGGUGGAUUUAUUAUAGAUGAAGCAGAUGUAGAUGAUGAUGCAUAUGAUGAUGACGAAACAGAAGCAGAACCAGGAUUUACAGAACCAACAAAUGAAGACAGCAUGCAUGCAGCAGAAGAUGUUUCGAGAUCAAGAAAGCUUCAUAAUCUAUGGGGAAAUGAAACUGUUGAAGACAUUGCUGAGUAUUACAAAAAGAAGUAUGCUGGCUCAGACAAAGAGAGAUAUCUUGAUGAAGAAUAUGAAACACCUGCAGAAAUAGAACAACAAAGCUUAUUACCUGAUGUUAAAGAUCCGAACCUGUGGAUGGUUAGAUGCAGGAUGGGAGAAGAAAAGCAAACUGUGUUUGCACUUAUGAGAAAAUUCAUAACACUUCAAAGUUCUGAAACGCCACUUCAAAUUAAGUCAGCCAUUGCUGUCGAAGGUCUGAAAGGUUACAUUUACAUUGAAGCAUACAAGCAAACACAUGUGAAAGCUGCCAUUGAAGGUUUUGGUGCACUACGAUUGGGCAUUUGGAAGCAGCAAAUGGUUCCUAUUAAUGAAAUGGCUGAUGUACUCAAAGUUGUAAAAGAUAUUGUUCAAAUUAAACCCAAAUCAUGGGUCAGGAUAAGAAGAGGGCUUUACAAAGAUGAUAUUGCCCAGGUGGACUAUGUCAAUACUGCUAGAAAUCAAGUCAGUUUAAAACUUAUCCCAAGAAUAGACAUGGAAUUAGUCAAAGAGCAAAGUGAGGAAAGAGUAAAUUCAGAUUUAAAGAGAAAGCGAAGACCUCGUCCACCUCAGAAGAUGUUUGAUAAGGACACUCUUUUUAAAAAUGGAGGGUUAGUCACAACUGAUGGCGACUUUAGUAUAUAUAAAAAUAACAGAUAUCGCGGAGGUUUUCUAUACAAAACAAUGGCAAUCUCUGCCCUUAUUACUGAUGGUGUAAAGCCAACCCUAUCUGAAUUAGAAAAAUUUGAAGAAUCAGUUGAUGAUGCAGAUUUAGAGUUGGGAAAUAGUAAAGCGAAAGAAGAAAUUGCUCACUCAUUUGCUCCUGGAGACGUGAUUCGUGUUGCUGAGGGCGAGCUUGUUCAUUUAACAGGAAAAGUUUUGACAGUUGAUGGAAAUACUAUUACCAUUAUGCCCCAGCAUGAAGACCUAAAAGAACCAUUAGAAUUUCCUGCUCAUGAGUUAGAAAAAUAUUUUAAAGUUGGCGAUCACGUAAAAGUUUUAAAAGGUUCAUUUGAAGGAGAUACUGGCAUAAUUGUUCGAGUGGAAGACAAUGUUGCUAUUCUUUUUUCUGAUCUUACAUUUCAUGAGCUGAAAGUGAAACCAAAUGAUUUACAACUGUGCAGUGAUAUGAGUACUGGGGUGGAUUCGCUUGGUCAGCAUAGCUGGGGAGAAUUGGUUUCUAUUGAUCGAGAAACUGUAGGUGUUAUAGUACGUUUAGAACGUGAGAGUUUUUCUGUGUUAAACCAACAUGGAAAGGUUGUGCAACUAAAACCACAAGCAGUUACAAAAAAAAGAGACUAUAACUCUGUUGCACUAGAUUCUGAACAGAACCAAAUUCAAGUGAAAGACAUUGUAAAAGUUAUUGAAGGUAAAUUUGAGGGUUUACAAGGAGAAAUAAAGCACUUGUAUCGUGGUAACGCAUUUGUUCAAUCAAAAAUGGUUCUUGAAAAUGGUGGAAUUUUUGUUGUUCGAAGCAAGUCACUUGUACUAGCUGGUGCUGGAAAGGCGAUUUCAAGCAUGUUACCUGGAAUUGGAAACGGAUUUGUUCCAAUGUCUCCUAGAAUUUCAAGUCCUGCACGUGAUGGGCCUGGUGGUGGUGGCGGCGGCGGAAACAAUUUUGAUGGAAGAGGUAAAGGUGAUGGUGGUAGAGGAGGAAUGGGAGGUGGUGGGGGUGGUGGAAGGGGACGUGGUAGGGACAAUUCACUUAUUGGUCAAACAGUGCGCAUUGUACAAGGUCCAUUUAAAGGAUACAUUGGUAUUAUCAAGGAUGCAACAGAUUCUUUGGCAAGAAUUGAAUUGCAUACAAAUUGUAAAACUAUAUCUGUUGAUCGAUCUCGAUUAACUCUAAUCAGUGGCAAAAAUAGGAGUGGAAGCAGUACUUCUUAUGGUCAAACACCUUUGCAUUGGCUAAACCAAACUCCAAUAGGUUCUCGCACGCCAGGCAAUUCAACACCUUCAAUUCAUGAUGGUAAUCGCACUCCUAAUUAUGGUGGUCGAACUCCUUUGCAUGAUCCUUCGCGUACUCCUUCUCACGAUCCUUCACGAACACCUUCGCAUGAUCAAGGCAACCGUACUCCAUCUCAUGUUGGACAUGGUGGUGCAUGGGAUCCAACUCAACCAAAUACACCUGCACGACCAAGCGAUGAAUAUGAAAAUUAUUUUGAUGUAACAGCUUCAUCACCAGGUUUUGGAAAUACACCAAGUCCGCAAACCCCUUCUCAUAGUGCAUAUAACGCUCCGUAUACUCCAGGAACUCCCAUGUCUAAUGUAUUUGGUGGUGACUCUUCAUAUUCACCCAUGCAUACUCCAUCACCUAUCAUUGGAAAUCCACUGACACCAGGAGCAGGAUUAAUGCCAAUGUCGCCAGCAUAUACACCAAAUACUCCUCGAAGUCAGUUUGAUGAUGAGCAUGAUCAUACUGAGAACUUAGCAACAGAUAUAAUGGUGAAAGUAAAUGAUGACUAUCAUGAUCAACGCUACGCUAACAAACGAGCUGCUAUUCGUGCAAUAGAUGACGAUGUUCUAACUUUGCAGAUGUUAGACACAAAAGAAUCCAUUACGUUAAACAACACGGAUGUUGAAAUAGUUCCCCCGGUUGUGAAAGAUCAGGUGAAACUCCUUGCUGGUGCCGAUAAAAAUUAUACAGGGGAACUUAUAAAUAUUGAUGGACCAGAUGGCAUAAUAAGAAUGGACAAAAAAGAUAGCACUUUAAAGAUAUUGCAGCUUCCUCAUCUUGCUAUUUACGUUCCGAAUGAAUAAAUGGAUGUUUAAGUUAUUUGUCAAUAAAAUUAAAAAAAAAAAUUUGUAAUUUUCGAAAA